CGGUGACUCCUCACAAAAUAGUACGCACUUCUGGGGCCCAGUGGCCAACUGGGGCCUUCCCAUCGCUGCCAUCAAUGACAUGAAAAAGUCUCCGGAGAUCAUCAGUGGGCGGAUGACCUUUGCGCUCUGCUGUUACUCCCUGACGUUCAUGAGAUUUGCCUACAAGGUGCAGCCUCGGAACUGGCUCCUGUUCGCCUGCCACGCCACAAAUGAAGUCGCCCAGCUCAUCCAGGGAGGACGGCUUAUCCGACAUGAGAUGGCCAAGAAGGCGUCAGCAUAACAACGGAAAACGAGGGGACCAGCUGCCAGCGGCUCCAGAGGCGGAGUCCCUCAUCGGGAAGAGUCUCGCCAGAAACAGAUGCUGACUGCUGUUUUUACUAACCAGAUUAUUUUUCUAGAAAUAGCAGAGCGCCCCUGAGCCCACUCUCUGCUGCCUUAUAAGUACGAAUAUUCUACUUCUCUUCAGAAAGAGUAGCUCGAAUAUGCGAUCAAGUUCAUGAUUCCCAGUGAUGGUUUUAUCUGCAGUAGUAUGUGUCCUGUCUGUUAAAAUUUACUGCGUGAAAACCUGAAGAGAACAAAACUUGUAACCACUAGCAUUAGGUUCUCAGAAAUCAUGGCUUUUUCUUUAAUGACCACAAGACGGUGGACAGCUGGCCACAUACCUAAGAUCACACUGCCAGUGUUUGAAAAGAUAUUUGUAUUUCCCUGCAAUGUGUAUAUUGAAAUGCUGUAAUUAAUGGCAAUAAAUGAUUUAAAUAUUUGUCAAAU